AAAUGGGAUUUUGUCAUGGUGCAAUAGUGCCAUAACUCGAACUUAUAUAUUUAUAUUUAAAUGAAAUAGUUGAUAGAUAUUUCUUGGUUUUUUCGUUUGUAUCCAUCUUUUGGAAUAAUCCAAACAGUGUUCUCCAUGAAAAUUGAAUUGAAAUUGAAAUAUUAGUCACUUGCUAUAAAAGGUUUAAUGAAGGGCUGAAACUUUUAAUAGCUCUCCUGAAAAAUUAUAGAUUUUUGACUUAUGGCAGUAUUGCAGCUGGGGUGCGAUAUAUGAUGCAAUAGGAUUUGAACUGAAAGAACAUAUGCUAGGAUAAUAUCACAGGAACCCAGCAAACGUUUAUUCGUCUAAAUUUCCUAUUGUUCAACUCAUUGAAUAUCAUCCUAUCAUAGUGAAAUUCUGUGGUCAAUUGUAUAAGGAAAAGUUUUUGUUCAAACUGUAAAAAAAUGAAGGGGAUCUGACACUUUCUGAAAUAGGGUGGUCAGGUAACAAAUUAUAGGUAUUUAUUAACGAAACAAUGUCCUCGUUCAAUCGCACACUGUUCAGGUCUGCCAAAUCUAUGCAGAAGGAUGGUAACCUGAAAUUUGUCUGGUUCAGAAAUGGGCGCAUCUAUGUCAGAAAGGAUUUGAACUCUAAACCACAGUCUACAGUCACGAUAAAGGAUCUCGUUCAUCGAAUAUAGUCCUGGCUACAAUAAAAAACGAAUAAAUAGGAGAGACUUUUCAAAUAGACUUUAUUUUAUUUUUUUCAUAACACUCAGUAGCCUUUUGGAAGGUCUGUUAACGAUUGAAAUGAUUUAUUUUAUCUUACGAAUUACAUAGAAUGAACUCUUCCAAUAUUGUUAGUUUCAACUUCAGUUGUAUUUUCAAUGGACUAUCAACUACAUCAUUUCUAUAAACAGUAUGUGCAAUCAACUAGGUUGAAUUUAGUGUGAAUGGACUCAAUCAUAACAUUAUAUCGGAUCCGGCAAAAAAAUCUCCCCAGUUUGAGCAAGCCACUGCAUGAGUUGUAGUGGGGAUAGAGAUGUGAAGGGGGUAUUGUUCCGUAGCGGCGUACGUGCCAUUUUCAGUGUUUGCCAUGGCUUGGCUCGGUGAGCAUCGGGCGUUUGUUGUGGAGGAGUUUAUUAAAAAUGGCGGUUCUGUGACUUCUACUCAACGAGCGUUUUGGAUUCGAUUCGAACUUUGCCGACGUGAUAGUGUUCCUGACGCAAAAACGAUUAGACUGUGGGUGUCAAACUUUAGACAAACAGGGUCAGCACCAGAAAGAAAACCAACUGGCCGACCUCGUACUGCAAUAACACCAGAGAAUGUGGCGCGAGUGAGAACAUCCAUCCAACAGUCUCCAAAGCGUUCAGCGGUUAAACAUGCAGCUGCCCUGGGAUUGUCAGAAAGGAGUUUGUCUUCAUUUCUUCUGAUGAAGCCCACUUCCACUUGUGUGGAACUGUUAACAAACAGAAUUUCCGCUACUGGGCUGCAGAAAAUCCUAUGGAACUCCACCAAGAACCACUACACAGUCCAAAAGUCACAGUUCGGUGCGCCAUUGCGAAAUUUGGUGUGUGGGGACCGUACUUUUUUGAAGAAGGACAAACAGUAACGGUCAAUGCUGAUCGCUAUUGUCACAUGAUAGAGACAUUUCUUCGACCCAAGAUCAACCAGUUUUUUUUAGACCAUGAGGAAGAAGAAGUUUGGUUCCAACAGGACGGAGCCACAGCUCACACUGCUCGGCGGUCCAUGGAAAUGUUAAGAGAGUUGUUCCCUGGACAUCUUGUUUCUUCAAGAGGAGACAUUUCCUGGGCUCCAAGGUCACCCGACUUAUCACCUUGUGAUUUCUUUCUGUGGGGCUACCUAAAGGCUGAAGUGUACAAACAUUGCCCCAGAACUCUGCAAGAACUAAAAGAUGCCAUUAGGCAGGAAGUGGCAGGGACGUUACACGAAGAACUAUAGACAACUUCAGGGAAAGACUUCAUGAAUGUCUUAACAAUGGGGGACGUCAUUAAUUUUUCGGACAUAAUUUUCAAAACCAAAUAAAGUGUACUAAAUGAUGUCAAAUGGCAUCAUAUAGGCUAUUCACAAAUAUAAGUAAUUGUUCUGUAUGUUUCUUAUUCUUUUUGCAAAUGCCUAUUGAAAUCAGGGAGGUUUUUGCCGGAUUGUACAUCCAAUCUUAGUUAUAUCCAGUAUUUGGUGUAUAUACUUCAAUAAUUUAUUAGUCUCUCAGAAGGAAUUUUACUUACAAGUUGAUGUUGAUUGACUCUUAAUUAACAAUAUUUUUCACACUCAGUUUCAGUACUAAGAUACAAUUUUUUCUUUUUAUUUUUAAUUGUUAGUGGCCUCACAAGAUACCAUUUGGCAUUCGUGUACGUGGCUAAAUGAAUGCUUAACAACUGAUCAUCUUAUGAUUAUUAUCAAUGAUCAGGCUAAUCAACUGAUCAUUCACUUCAAUCAUUAUCUUAUCUUCUUUACUCUCUAUUUCAUUUCAUAGCUGUACUUUGUCACUCAUUUCUCUAAUCUGUUUCUUUUUUUAUCCUCUACUUUCCCUUCACAAUUUAUUGAUUAUUAUGUUAUUGAUAUUUUCCUCCUAAAAAAAUAUAUCUUUCUCAUAAAAAUAUGAUUAUCUUAUUAUUAAAAGUAGCCUACUAUCGAUACCUUGCACUUUCAAAUCGGGUUUGUUGGAAUAGCUGUUCCUCUAUUCCAAUGUAAAAUGACUAAAUGUUUUGGGGUAUAUUGUAUUAUUUCCUCAACUUUAUUUUUUACUAUAAUAAAAACUCACUUUCAAUCUUGAAUAAGAUUGAUAUUUUAAGUUGAGAACCAGAAGAAUAGACCUGCGUCUGUAUUCCACGUAAAUAUAAGAAGCUUUAAAAAACUUUGUCGAGCUCGUUGUGAUUUUGAAUAGUUUGAAAAUGUAUUUUAACGUCAUCGUCCUAACGGAGACGUAGGUAAAUGAAGAGUCAGUUAUUGCGAGCAUGGAUGGAUAUGAUGCAUUCAUUAAUAAAAAAAAUAGGAAUCAAAAUGAUGGUGUAAUAGUAGUUGUGAGGAAAGAUUGUGCCGUCAGCUGUGUUGAAGUCCAUCUACAUGGUGUUACCAAUGAUCUAUAUAUACUAACUAUAUAGUUAGUAUAUAUAGUUUGCUGGGUGCUACAAGUUUAAAAAUUGAUUUACAAAUUGACAGGGAAUGUCACUGUCUCUUUGCAAUAUAUCGUCGCCCCUCAUCAGCCCCUGAUCUUGACCAAUUCGUUUAUGAUUUAGAAAGGUAUUGCAAUUCUAGGACAACCGACAGAACACACUGGAUAGUAGGCGACAUUAACUAUUGCAUAUUACCUGAAUCUCCGGACCCACUACCAUUCCAGUAUCUCGAUGUUUUGUACGGCACCGGAUUUGUAAGCUGCAUGAACAUCCCGACUAGAGUCACUAGCUUCUCUAGCACUUGUAUUGAUCACAUUUUUUAAGAUUACAAUAACACCUUAGGCUACUUUCACACAAUAGGAGACGUGCAACUUGAACACUGAACAGUGUUCACGUUUUUUUGUCAAAUUCAUCGAGUCAAAUCGUGUCUUUCACAUGGUGACUCCU